ACCAGGUGUAAAAGAUGUCACCGUAAGUUCCCAGCUCACACGACCAGCAUUGCACAAGGCCGAGAACAACUCAAAGUCCAACGUGCUGGAAGACCAUCAAGCCUAGUUGAGGCCAAAUGGAAGACUAUUUGUACGAAACUCUUACGGAUGAUCAGAUUCGACUGAUCCAACUGCUGCCGGGCGAACUCGACGCACCUCUUCGAUGCGAGUUUCAGAUACACUACUUAGAGACACCGCCUCAAUACGAAGCGCUAUCAUACACCUGGGGACCGGCCAUUUAUAAGAGACAUGAAGACGUGGGCCUUGAGGCGUGUAUCGGAGGAUCGCAGUAGACUGACAUGGACACCGCGCUCCGAGAUGCCUCUGCUAGCGUGGGGUCACUACAGUCACUCGACAGGCUUAGCGAUGACUUAAGACUUCCGGUGUACAGCAAUGCUCGGACAGACCGGUAUUUUAUCUUCGUUGGAAGUACUAUACUGGUACUCCAGCCAAACCUCGAGGAAGCCCUCAGACACCUUCGUUAUGCUGACCGAAGCCGACUCCUAUGGAUCGACGCGCUUUGCAUCAAUCAAAAAGACGAUCUGGAACGAGCGAAGCAAGUCUCUGAAAUGGGACAGAUUUUCGAGUCAGCAGCUUCCGUCCAAAUAUGGCUUGGAGGAGCUUGCGAUAACAGCGACGACGCUUUCAGGUUCAUCGAGACUCUGCCGCAACUAACGGCUGACCUAGAGCCUUCGCAGGAUAAUCUUCAUCAAGAGUGGAUUGCCUUCAUGGACAGGCAUGCGCCAUAUGGUUACUUCACGAUGACCACGGUCAAUCAGCUCGAAGCACUCAGCUACCUAGUGAAUCGAGACUGGUUUUACCGUCGCUGGGUGGUUCAAGAAGUCGCCUUCGCCAAGGCCAUCGUCGUUCAGUGUGGCAGAUGUGUGGAAGGGUUGAGAGUAUUGAUUGGUGUGUAUUGCUAUGGCGAGGAUCGAUCGGGACUAUAUAAUGGGAGUGGAUAGCAGUGAAGCAAACCGAACUAACCGAAUGAG